AUGAGCCCAUGGGUAGCUUCCUCAGGGGGAGUGAUGUUAGCCCAAGAUGGUCAUGAGGGCUCAUGUGAGCAACUAGAGAUUGGAACCAGCACCCAAGAAAGAUUAGCUGCGAGGGAGAGGGGAAUUUCCAGUUUCUCCCUAACAGUAACUGGAAGCAUCUCUCUUCCAGCAUCAUCCAAGGCAAAUUUACGGCCUGACCGACACGAACAACGGACAACUGCCGGCCAUGGCUUUCCACUGGAAGGGCCACUAUUCGUGGAAAUGACCGUCAGGAUGACAGUUGAUCUGUCUCCGGUACUCCUGCUGAUCACGGGGCCUGCCUGGGCGGUUCUGGAAGCUACAUUUAAUUUGGUCGAACAUUCGACGGGGUGGUCACGGGUCGUUCGGAGAUCGUCCCGGAUCUAA